AUGAACGAAGAGAAACCUCAUAUCAGUAUUAUUAUCAUUGGACGUGUCGAUUCAGGCAAAUCAAUCUUGACUGAACGAUUGCUUUACGAGUGUGGCAAUAUAAAUGAACAAAAAGAACGUCUUGCAUUCCAGUGGAAUUAUUGGCCAAAAAGUUUAAGAACUUCAUGGAAUCGCGACAUCAUAGUUGAUGCUUCGUUACAAAAAUGUGAGACCAUCAAAUACAGAGUUACACUCAUCGAUACUCCUGGACAUCGUGAUUUCAUCAAGAAUCUCAUCAGUAAGAUUUCGCAAGUUGAUAGCGCCAUUUUAGUUGUAGCUGCCACAUAUGGUGAGUUCGAAAGUGGUAUUAGAAAAGGUGGUCAAACACGUGAACACAUUCUAUUGGCAUAUACGUUUGGUAUUACGCAAUUGAUUGUUGCUGUCAACAAAAUGGAUACUAUAGAGUCGACUGACUCAGAAAGACGCUUUAAUGAAAUCAAAAGUGAAGUAUCCAACUUUGCUAAAAGGCUUGGUUAUCAACCACAACGCAUUAUUUUUGUACCUAUUUCGAGCUGGAAUGGUGAUAACAUAAGCGAAGUGUCGAAUAAAAUGUCUUGGUUUGAAAAUUGGACAAUUCAACGUAAAGAAAAUCAUCACACUGGCAAGACUCUUGUAGACGCCAUUAAUGCAAUCAUUCCCUCUAUGCAAUUUAUUAAUAAACCACUCCGUAUUCCAUUACAAGCUGUUUAUAAAAUAAAUGGUGUCGGAACAGUAGCUAUCGGUCGAGUGGAAACAGGUGUAUUGAAAACAAACAUGAUUGUCAGCUUUGCACCAUCAACUACAAUGACUGAAGUUAAUUCAAUUGAAAUGUAUCAUAAAACUCUCAAAGAAGCUCUACCAGGAGAUAUCGUUGGUUUUAAUCUCAAAGGCAUUAGUGCCCAUGAACUACGGCGCGGUUUUGUUUGUUCAGAUCCGGAAAACAAUCCAGUUCUUGUGGCCUCAAGUUUUAUUGCACAGAUUAUAGUUAUUGACCAUCUAAAUGAAAUUAAGCAAGGUUAUACUCCUAUAUUUUACUGUCAUACAGCGCAUAUUCCUUGUCAAUUUGCUGAAUUAAUCGAAAAAUAUGAUCGAAGAACAGGUUCAACGAUCGAAAAAAAUCCAAAAUCUAUUAAACUAGGUGAUGCUGCUUUUGUUAAGAUCAUCCCGAUGAAGCCAAUUUGUGUCGAAAAGUUUGUUGAUUAUCCAUCGUUAGGUCGUUUUGCCAUUCGUGAUAUAAAAUUGACAAUAGCAGUUGGUAUCAUUAAAGAUGUGACACAUAUAUCAACCAAUCUAUAA